AUGGCCGAGGCUGACUCCGCCCACUCGCUCCUGAUUGGCUGCCUGGGCGCCGUCAUCGCCCUCCUGCUGCUCGCCCUCCUCAUCCUCGGCCUGGGGCGACGGGCGGCGCUGGGAAAGGCCCAGCGGCGCCCCUCGGAGGCCGAGCUGCGGGUUCAGCUCUCACUUCCCGGCGACGCCGUCGUCAUCAACAACGCCACGGGAGGGGGCGGGGCCACCCGAGGGGGCGGGGCUUCCCGAGGGGGCGUGGCCCGCUACGAGCCCAUCCCCCCAGGCCACGCCCACAGCGCUGGCCCCGCCCCCGGGGAGCGGGAUUUCCUGCAGGAGGCGCGGACCUUGGUGCGGCUGCGGGACCCCAACAUCGUUCGGCUUUUGGGCGUGGUCGGGGCGGGGCCGGGCCCCCUCUGCAUCGUCACCGAGUACAUGGAGCACGGAGACCUGCACCAGUUCCUGGGCGGGCCCCGGGGACACGCCCUCAGCCUGGGCACGCUGCUCCACUUGGGCGCCCAAAUCGCUUCCGGGAUGCGCUUCCUGGCCGGGCUGAACGUCGUCCACCGCGAUUUGGCCACCAGGAAUUGUUUGGUGGGCGACGGUUUCACGGUCAAAGUGGCCGAUUUCGGGAUGAGCCGGACGCUCUACGCCGGCCAGUACUACCGAGUGCGCGGCCAGGCCCUGCUGCCCAUCCGCUGGAUGGCCUGGGAGUGCAUCCUCAUGGGCACUUUCAGCCCGGCGAGCGACGCGUGGGCGUUCGGGGUGACGCUGUGGGAGGUGCUGACGCGGUGCCGGGAGCCGCCGUACGGCGCCCUGAGCGACGAGCAGGUGAUCGCCAACGCCGGACACCAUUUCCGAAACCUGGGCCGCCAGGUGCGAACUGGGAUGGACUGGGAUAAACUGGGAAUGGAUUUGGAGUCACUGGGAUGGACUGGGAACCAUUGGAAAUGGAUUUGGAGUCACUGGGAGUCACUGGGAUGGACUGGGAAUGGAUUAGGACUGGAUUGGGACUGGAUUGGGACUGGAUUAGGAUCAAACUGGGAUGGACUGGGAUGGAUUUGGA